AUUUUGCCGAUUUCCUUAAUCCCCUCUGCAACUCCUUCCUCUUUCUCCCGCAUCCUCCUCCUCCUCCUCCUCCUCCUUAAACCCUAACAACAAAACCAACAUCUUGUACUUGUAGUUACAGUUGUAUCUCUAUUCUCUAGUCGCCGGUGCCUCUGCAAACCACCAUCCUUUCUCGUCUGCUGCUAUUCUCGGGCGGGCGCUCCUCCUGCUCUGGCUCAGGGUCGGGCCUGAAAAUAUCUUGUAGGUUAUAAGUAUUCUGGACGCCAAGUGCUCUGCUAUAUCAGUAUAACUGCAACGCAAAAUGUCUCGAAUUAUUGUGAAGAAUUUGCCCAAAUAUGCAACUGAGGAUCGUCUUAAAGAGUUCUUUUCUGAGAAGGGUGAGGUUACCGAUGCCAAGCUCAUGCGGACCAGGGAGGGUAAGAACAGACAAUUUGCUUUUAUUGGGUACCGAACUGAGAAAGAAGCCAAGGAGGCUAUUAAGUAUUUCAACAAAUCUUUUAUGGAUACAUCGAGAAUAAUAUGUGAGGUUGCUUGGAAAGUUGGGGCUAUGGAUAUUCCUCGUCCUUGGAGUCAGUAUUCUAAGGAGAAGCAAGACAUAAAGCCCGAGAAGAGCAACGAAGUUUUUAGUGGCAAAGCUAAGCCAGACAAGAAGAACUCCAAAAUGAGUAAUGCAAAUAAUGAUCCUCAGCUUGAAGAGUAUCUUGAGAUUAUGAAGCCGCGGAGCCAGUCAAAAAUGUGGGUGAAUGAUCUAGUAGUUCCUACUGUUAACCAAAGUGGCAAAGGUAAGGAGGAGCGUGGUAAGUUAAAACAAGAUGUUCCCAAAAAGCUCAACAGGGAUGAAAGUUCUGCAAGGCAGGUUGAGAUGCCUGAUGAAAAUCAAGUUCUUGGAGGGGAUGUGGCUCGUGAUGAGGAUGUCACAGAUAUGGAUUAUAUUAAAAGUAGGGUAAAAAAAGAAUGGUCUGAUUCAGAAAGUGUUAGUGAUGACGAAAAUGAAAUUGAUAUUGAUCAGGAUGACAAAGAUAAUGAUGAUGCUUCCCAUGCUAAUUUGGAUAAAGACGACGUUGACGAAAGUGGUUUUGAAGAAGCUGGUGGUGAAUUAAUGAACUCUGAAAAUCCAUCAUCUAAUCCAGAAGACGCUAAUGAAGUUCUUAAGUCUGGUCGCCUUUUUGUCCGCAAUCUUCCCUAUGCUGCAACUGAGGAUGAGCUCGCGGAGCUCUUCAGUAAAUUUGGAAAUGUUGCAGAGGUCCAUCUUGUGAUUGAUAAAGAGACAAAGCGUUCCAAGGGUUUUGCUUAUGUUCUUUAUAGAGGUCCAGAAGAUGCUCUCAGGGCGUUGGAAGAGCUGGAUCAUUCAAUCUUCCAAGGUAGAUUAUUGCAUGUUAUGCCAGCAAAAGCAAAAGACCUGUCAUCUAAUCAAGGAACUCUUAUUACUGAGGGGAAAGCCAAAACAUUGAAGGAGCUGAGAGUGGAAGAGAAAAAGGCAUCAGAAGCUGAUGGCAAUACUCAAGCUUGGAAUAGUUUGUUUAUGCGCGCUGACACUAUUGUAGAAAAUAUCUCUAGGAGAUUUGGAAUCAGUAAAAGUGACUUCCUAGAUCGUGAAGCUGAUGAUCUUGCUGUCCGCAUUGCUCUUGGAGAAACUCAAAUCAUCGCAGAGACUAAGAAGGGUCUGACAAAUGCUGGAGUAAAUGUUGCUUCCCUGGAAGAACUUGCUUCUAAGAAAACUGAAGGUGUAAAGAGAAGUAACCAUGUAUUACUUGUAAAAAAUUUGCCUUACAGUGCAACAGAAAGUGAACUCUCAAAAAUGUUCGGCAAAUUUGGUAGCAUUGACAAGAUUAUACUUCCUCCAACAAGAACGUUGGCCUUGGUAAUUUUUCUUGAACCAGCUGACGCCCGUGCGGCUUGCAGAGGCCUGGCGUAUAAGCGUUACAAAGAUGCCCCACUGUAUUUGGAAUGGGCUCCCAGCAACAUCCUUAGUCAAGAUUUGGAUAUUGACAACAGUGAUAUGAUCGUUGGUGAACAAGACGCUAAGAAGGUUUCAAUCGAACAGCAAGUUAAAGAGAUAUCAGAAGCUGAAUUGGAUCCUGACCGUGUUGAGUCACGCUCUCUAUUUGUGAAGAACUUGAACUUUAAGACAGCUGAUGAAAAUUUGAGGAAGCAUCUCAGUGAAAACAUGAAAGGAGGAAGGAUUUUAAGCGUCAAAAUAAAAAAGCACUUGAAAAAUGGGAAGAAUGUUUCGAUGGGAUUUGGAUUUGUAGAAUUUGAUUCUGUCGACACAGCAACAAAUGUUUGCAGGGACUUACAGGGAACUGUGCUAGAUGGUCAUGCUUUAAUUUUGCAACUUUGCCAUGCUAAGGAUGAAAAAGUUCUGAAGAAAGCUGGUAAUGAUCAAAGUUCAACAAAAAUAAUCGUAAGAAAUGUAGCAUUUGAGGCAACGGAGAAGGAUCUUAGACAGCUGUUUAGUCCAUUUGGUCAAAUAAAGACCUUGAGGCUUCCAAUGAGAAUGGGCAAACACAGGGGAUUUGCAUUUAUUGAAUUUGUCACCAAGCAAGAAGCUCAAAAUGCUCUCAAUGCUCUAUCCAGUACUCAUUUGUAUGGGAGGCACCUUGUACUAGAAAGAGCGAAAGAAGGUGAAACUUUGGAAGAACUUAGGGCUCGAACAGCUGCUCAGUUUGCUAACGAUGAAGAUGGGUUCCAAAAUGCAACCAAAAUCUCUAAGAAAAGAAAAAUUACAAUUUCUGAUUAGUAGAGAUGGUUUUCAUCUGAAAAUUUUGUUUCUUUGUAAGCUUUUGUUUUUGUUUAUUUAUCUAUUUUGAAUAGCUUAUUUAGCCUGAUAUAGUUUCAUUAAUUCAUCUACACGGCGGUACAAGGAUUUAUUCUAAUUUUUUUGGUAGUAUAAAUUUUAUAAUUUUGAA